AUGUCCGCGUCUCCGCCUGGCGUGGGCCGCGACGGUUCAAUCCAGUCGAAUGAUUCGAACGACAAGCAACCUACGAAGAAGAAGAGCCGUCGUCCUGCAAAUACCGCGUUUCGGCAGCAGCGGCUGAAAGCAUGGCAACCCAUUUUGACGCCUAAAACGGUCCUUCCGCUUUUCUUCACCAUCGGAAUCAUAUUUGCCCCCAUCGGUGGCCUGCUACUAUAUGCCAGUUCUGAGGUCAAAGAAAUUCGGAUCGAAUAUACUGGGUGCAAGAUCGAUGCGCCCUUGGGCAAUGAUCUGGUGGACAUGCCAAGUGACCGCAUCUUUACUGCGUUCAAGAGCGAAAGCGCUCCAGGGACGGCAAGAUGGAGGAGGAUUGAGAACGUUCCGACAAGACCCCGCUGGGGCCUCGAAUAUAAUGCUACGGUCUGCGAGAUCGAGUUCACCAUUCCAGAGGACAUGGGCCCUCCCGUCCUCUUCUACUACCACCUCACCAAUUUCUACCAGAACCAUCGCCGAUAUGUCGCGUCCUUCUUCCCCAAGCAGCUCAAGGGCGACGCCGAGAGCGCCAGCGCGGUGAACGGGUCGGAGUGCGAUCCCCUGAAGUGGGACGAGGAGGCCCAGAAGCCCAUAUACCCCUGCGGCCUCAUCGCGAACUCUUUAUUCAACGACACCUUCACCUCUCCCCUGAUGCAUAAUGUCCAGGGCUCCAGCGACCGCAGCACCGUAUAUGAGAUGCAGAACAACACGGACAUCGCCUGGGCGUCGGAUGGGGACCUUUACGGCCGCACCCAGUACGAGCCCAGCGACGUCAUGCCGCCCCCCAACUGGCGCGUGACCUUCCCGAACUACACAACGGAGAACCCGCCUCCCGACCUGGGCGACUGGCAGGCCUUCCAGGUCUGGAUGCGUACGGCGGGCCUGCCUGAGUUCAGCAAGCUGUACCAGAGGAACAACGACGAGCCGAUGAGGACGGGUACCUAUACGGUUAACGUCACGGACAAUUUCCCGACUUUGGAAUACAAGGGGACCAAGUCCAUUGUGAUCUCCACGCGGACGGUGAUGGGCGGCAGGAACAGUUUCCUGGGCAUUUCUUACAUUGUCGUCGGUGGUUUGUGCAUUGUUUUGGGGGCCAUCUUUACCGUCACCCAUCUCCUCAAGCCCAGGAAACUGGGCGACCAUACCUACCUAUCCUGGAACAACGUCCCCGGUGCGAAGCCGGGCCAAACCGGAGGCCAGAACACGGCAUUUGCUUCGGGCCGCGAACUACGACCCGGCGAGGCUUAG